AAAUAUGCCCGAUAUUAAAGUGACUCCGCUGGGAGCUGGCCAGGAUGUUGGUCGUAGUUGUUUGCUGUUGUCGAUGGGUGGCAAAAACAUCAUGUUGGACUGUGGCAUGCAUAUGGGCUAUAAUGAUGAAAGACGCUUUCCAGAUUUCUCAUACAUUGUGCCGGACGGGCCCAUAACCAGUCACAUUGAUUGUGUUAUAAUAUCUCACUUUCAUUUGGAUCACUGUGGAGCCUUACCAUAUAUGUCGGAAAUGGUAGGCUAUUCUGGUCCAAUUUAUAUGACACAUCCCACCAAAGCCAUAGCUCCUAUACUUCUCGAGGAUAUGCGUAAAGUUGCUGUUGAACGUAAAGGUGAAUCGAAUUUCUUUACGACACAAAUGAUUAAGGAUUGCAUGAAAAAGGUGACAGCUGUCACCUUACAUCAAAGUGUAAUGGUCGACAGUGAAUUGGAAAUAAAGGCAUAUUAUGCUGGUCAUGUCUUGGGAGCGGCAAUGUUUUGGAUACGUGUUGGUUCUCAAUCGGUUGUUUAUACCGGCGAUUAUAAUAUGACACCUGAUCGGCAUUUGGGUGCUGCUUGGAUUGAUAAAUGUCGUCCCGAUUUGUUGAUAUCGGAGAGUACAUAUGCCACCACCAUAAGAGAUUCGAAACGUUGUCGUGAACGGGAUUUUUUGAAAAAAGUCCACGAAUGUGUAUCGAAAGGUGGUAAGGUGUUGAUACCCGUCUUUGCAUUGGGUCGUGCCCAGGAAUUAUGUAUACUACUGGAAACCUAUUGGGAACGUAUGAAUUUGAAAUAUCCCAUAUAUUUUGCAUUGGGUUUAACCGAAAAGGCAAAUACCUACUAUAAAAUGUUUAUUACAUGGACAAAUCAAAAGAUCAGGAAAACAUUUGUACAUCGCAAUAUGUUUGAUUUUAAACACAUUAAACCGUUCGAUAAAACGUAUAUUGAUAAUCCCGGAGCAAUGGUGGUGUUUGCAACACCCGGCAUGUUACAUGCUGGUUUGUCGUUGCAAAUAUUUAAGAAAUGGGCACCCAAUGAAAAUAAUAUGGUUAUUAUGCCGGGCUAUUGUGUCCAGGGUACAGUGGGCAAUAAGAUUUUAAGUGGUGCCAAGAAAGUGGAGUUUGAAAAUCGUCAAGUGGUCGAUGUAAAAAUGUCGGUGGAAUAUAUGAGUUUUUCAGCUCAUGCUGAUGCCAAAGGUAUAAUGCAGCUCAUACAAAAUUGUGAACCAAAAAAUGUAAUGCUCGUUCAUGGUGAGGCCGAAAAAAUGGCAUUUUUGCGUAAUAAAAUUCGUGAAGAAUUUAACAUUGAAACAUAUAUGCCGGCUAAUGGUGAGACGUCCGUCAUAUCAACCCCUGUUAAAAUACCCGUAGAUGCAUCGGUGUCAUUGCUUAAAGCUGAAACACGUAUCUAUAAUGCUCAACCUCCCGAUCCCAAACGUAGACGUCUGAUUCACGGUGUUCUGGUUAUGAAAGAUAACCGAAUAAUGUUACAAAAUCUCACAGAAGCUUUGAAAGAGAUCGGUAUAAAUCGACAUGUAAUGCGUUUCACGUCCAAAGUCAAAAUGGAUGAUCCUGGACCAAAAAUACGAACAGGUGAAAAAUUAUUGGCAUUGCUGCAGGAAAAGCUAACUGGUUGGACGGUGGCAAUGCAAGAAAAUUGUACAAUUGUUGUGGAGACUGUAGAAAUUAAAAUCGAAGAAGAUGAAAAAGAUUCCAAGCACAAGACAUUGUUGAUUACAUGGACUAAUCAAGAUGAAGAUAUUGGUGCAUAUAUAUUGAAUUUGUUACAAAAUAUGUGUUAA